UUCAGUAGCAGUUGCGACAAUUGUAAUCGUCCUGCAGCAUGUGCGCGGCAAUGCUUAAUAAAAACAUUUGAACGCAUACAAGCCGGAAUAAAAUCGAAAUAAUAAUAAGGCAAACAAAAAAUCAAGCCGAAACGGCAGACGGCAAAAAUCUUCAAUAGCACCACUAACUAGUUUGCUCUGCAGCGCGCUCUCUUCUCCAGAGUGUGUGUUUGUGUUGCUGCGGCCAUUAUGUGUAUAGCUCACACCGCAACCACCAUGGACUGACUCAGCGCAAUCACCACCACCUCCGGCAGCAUCAGCGUCGUCACUAUUAUUUCUGUCAUAACCAGCAGCAGCCGCAGCCGCAGCGUUAACACUAUUACCGCAAAGCGUUUAGCAACCGACUGCUACGGCUACGCCAAACAUUUAGGACAUUUAUAAUAUUUUUGCAGCACAAUUAAAUGGCGGACGCAUAGCGUGCAUUCAAAGUGUACCGAAAGGACGAAAAUCUGGAUUUUGAAUACCACAAAGCGGCGGGGACUUACGCUUGUUUUGUCGUUGGUGAGAUUGUGUGAUGUUGGUGGCUGCGGUGGUGGUGGUGGUGUUUGUGUUGUUUUUGCCGCUGCAUGCAUUUCCCUCGCCAUCGUGCGAUUAUAAUUCGUAGUCGGUGCCGUCAUCAGUUGGUCCAGUUGUGAUAUUAGUUGAAAAGUGUUUUCGUGUUCCAGCUAUUGGCAUACACAUUUUAUAAACAAAAUAUGAAAAAUAUUAACUAAUUUCUAAAUAAAGAAAACUGCAACAUAAUAAAUAUAAAUAAAUAGUAAAGUAUCUUAAGUAAAUUCGCUUGGAAUAUAGACCCCGUUAACAAUGGAUCAUUCAAAUCUCCCAUUCGGCUUCGCUUUACCCGGUCAUGCACACAUGCAAAUACCACAAACACCAAAUUUAAUGUCUGGCCAUCCCGGGCCCACAUCCAGUCCACCGCAAAGUGUACCCGGUAGGCGAACACCACUCGGCGCUGUAGGUAUCGGCGGAUUUUAUGCUCAGGGACUGGGUAUGUCACAACAAGCAUCCAUGCCGACAGAUGAGAAUAAGCCUAGCCCAAGUGCACUCGGUCCUGCUGGUGGCGGCAGUAUUGGACAUGGACUAAAAUCACCACCACAAUCUAUAUCUGGUGGCACAACAACUGUGGCCCCCGGCAGUGGGACGAGUGGAAGCGGUGGCAGUGGCAAACAGAAAAACCGACAGGCGAAGACGGUGCGACUGAAUAUAAAUGCGAGAGAGCGGCGACGCAUGCACGAUUUAAACGAUGCUUUGGAUGAACUUCGCAGUGUAAUACCCUAUGCGCAUUCACCUUCCGUGCGGAAGCUCUCAAAGAUCGCCACAUUAUUGUUAGCUAAGAAUUAUAUACUGAUGCAGCAGAAUGCGUUAGAUGAGUUGAGACGACUUUUGGCCUACAUUCAGAGCACAAGUGGCGCAGCACCGCUCGACUUAGGCUCUUUUCCUGCAGCCGCAAAACUACAGGCGCUCUUACAGGGUCCACACGAGCCACCGAGUAAUAGUUAAACAUUCUAUAACAUACUCAUGUAAAUUAUUUUAAGAUGUUGUGUGAUUAAAGGGAGCAGAAAACCAGAUAACGACUGUGUGAGAGAAGUGAGAUAGUGCCAAAGAUUCAUUCGGUUUACAACACGAGUGCUAUGUACUUCCGAACUUUUUUCGCCGUUAGCUAUUUAGUUGAUAAUACACGACUAGCCACUAAUUUUUAAUUUAUAGAGUUAAACGAAAAACGAUUUUAAUCAAACGCACGUUUGUAAGUGCGUAUAAUGAUAGAGAUUUAUGUUUGUAGCAAUCUAACAUACACUAGUCAUCACAGCCAUGCCAAAAAAUGUUAAGUGAUAUUUUUCAAGUUUAUUCUUUUCAAUUUGUAUUUUUUACACAUAAAUUAUAGGUAUUUGACAAGCAAUUGAACAAUUUAUAUCUAAGUACUUGAUUUUAUUAUAAUACACAUGUAUUUAUUAAUAAGUAAUAGUUUUUGCAAAGAACAAAUUAUAAUAAAUGUCAAUGAAGAAGAUUA